GCCUGGACAAUGUGGUGAACACGUGUUGAACUGUAGGCUCCCUUGGUCCACGCCGGCGGUGCGUUUACGAUCUACAAAACCCAGUAUAGCACACAAAACCCAGACACAGCACCAACUUCGACGACAGCAUGGGUGGAUGUCUCAGUUACUUUACUUCUUCCAGACGCAGGAAGCCCAGGGAUCUGGAGUCAGGCCAGGUUGAUGUUGCUGACCCGCAAAGACUACUAGGUUCAGAGACAGAACUACGCCAAGAGCUGGAGCCUAAGACCAUUUACAUAGCCGUAAUGGGUGCCACCGGCAGUGGCAAGACAACGUUCAUCAACACUGCAUCUGGGUCGGAAUUGAGAGUUGGUAUGGGGCUUGAGAGCUGUACAAACGAAGUGCAGAUGUCGCAAGCAUUCUUGCUGGACAAAGCUCGUGUCAUCCUCGUCGAUACGCCUGGCUUCGAUGACACGACGAAGAGCGACACAGACGUGCUGAAGAUGAUUGCUGCCUACCUGCAGACUAUGCACAAGCAAGAUAAACUUCUGUCUGGUGUCAUCUACAUGCACCGAAUCUCCGACAUCAGAGUCGGGGGUACAUCAAGACGUGAUUUUACCAUGUUUCAAGAGUUGUGUGGUCAAGAGGCGUACAAGAAUGUCCUCAUGGUUACGAACAUGUGGGGCGACGACAUAACCGAGGAUGCCCUAGCGCGGGAAAAAGAACUGCGCGAAAAGGACAUAUUCUUCAAACCAAUCCUCGACAACGGCGCUCGUCUCCUACGCCACAUGAAUGAUCAAGAAAGUGCCCACAAGAUCAUUCAGAAGCUGACUGGCAUAGACCCCGUAGUCUUACGCAUCCAAAGCGAACUCGCAGCAGUAAAUGACAUCACUCAGACGGGUGCCUAUGCGCAGCUAAACCGCGAACUUAUGGAGCAAGCGGAGAGGAACCGUCAAGAGCUGGAGAAGCUGCGAGUAGAGUUGGAGGAAGCCGCUCAGGCGCAAGAUGAGGAGACGCGAAUUGAGCUUCAGGAGGAGUCGGAGAAGAUGGAAGCGGAGCUUUUACGCGUGCAAAACGAGGCUGCGAUGUUGGCAUCCGAAUAUCAAGCAGAACUUCGGAGAAUAGAGGAGCAACUUCACGCGCGUGGUGGGUGACUGGCGCAAUACAGUUUGUCUUGGCGAUCGUUUGGCUGACAAUACGGAUAAUCCUGACCCCUGGCCCCAUAGCAUAGUAUUGGUUGGACUACAGUUGUAUCAGAAAAUAUACCUCUAUACAUUGGUGUGUAACCGACAAAACCCUUGUCAGCAUCAGAAGCUGUGAUACUGUCUUAAACGAUUUACAAUGUUAAGGGCAGUCACCCAGCAUUACGGAGACGCCACUCAAGAAUGGACUAACAUUGCGCUCAGCGAGGACGAAGCGAGGCUGCUUCCA